AUGGGUUGCGGUGCAAGUACGCCUAUCGAGGAUGAACAGGAUCCAUUUUUGCAAGACAAGCAAAUAAAUGAUGCCAUAGAACAAUCGUUGCAAUUGAAUAAAGCAAACGCAAAAAAUGGUGUUAAAUUGCUAUUAUUGGGAGCUGGAGAAAGUGGAAAAUCAACCGUUUUGAAGCAGCUCAAGUUGUUGCACAAGGGUGGCUUCACCCAACAAGAGCGAAUGCAAUACUCCAACAUCAUUUGGUGUGACGUGAUUCAAAGUAUGAAGAUCCUAAUCAUUCAGGCACGGAAAUUGAAAAUCCCUCUAGAUUGUGACCAGUCAAAUAACCCAUUGAUUCCAUUCAAGCGCUGUGUAUUGAGGAGUGAUGCCUUGACUCAGAUAGAUACAAGCAUCGCCGGUGGAACUAAUUUCUUGAAUGACUACAUCUUGAAGUAUGACGAAAAGACCAAAAUGAAGCGGAAAUUGAAUAGUACUGGAGUAGUGGAGUUUUUAGAUAGUCCUGACACCGAUGACGACACUACGACAAAUGUUGAUGAAAUCGAUCCCGAAAUUAGACAUGGAGUGUUGUCAGAAAUACCACAAGCCGGUGGUAGUAAUUUCAAUGAACAAUCUCGCUACCCUCGGCACGAUGUUGCUGAAGCGAUUCGUCAACUAUGGACCAACGACUCAGGUAUCAAGAAAUGUUUUGAACGAUCAAACGAAUUCCAAUUUGAAAGUAGUGCUGAGUACUAUUUCGAUAAUGUUUUCAAUUUCGCUGACCCCAGUUAUUUGAGUUCUGACUUGGAUAUUUUGAAAGGAAGAAUUAAAACCACGGGGAUUACUGAAACCAAUUUCACCAUUAAUUCAUUCCAGUUUAAAGUAUUGGACGCUGGUGGUCAACGAAGUGAACGUAAAAAAUGGAUCCAUUGUUUUGACGAUAUAACUGCUAUUUUAUUUGUUCUUGCGAUUAAUGAAUAUGACCAAAUGUUGUUUGAAGAUGAACGGGUCAAUCGUAUGCAUGAAUCAAUCAUUUUGUUUGAUCAGCUUUGCAAUUCCAAAUGGUUCGCCAAUACGCCAUUCAUUCUAUUUUUGAACAAGAUUGACCUUUUUGAAGAAAAAAUCAAGAGGAACCCGUUGAAGAACUAUUUCCCUGAUUAUACUGGUAAGAAUGAUGAUGUUAAUGAAGCCAUCAAAUUCUUUGAAACAAACUUCUUAAAGAUGAAUCGCACCAAUAAACCAAUCUAUAUUCAUCGAACUUGUGCCACUGAUACAAAAUCUAUGAAGUUUGUGUUGAGUGCAGUUGCUGAUAUCGUCAUUCAGCUGAAUUUGAAAAAGAGUGGUAUCAUGUGA